AUGGUGCUGCUAAUUUCUUUAUUCAUCGUUAUUUCAAUAUGUAGUGGUUAUUCAAUUUCUUCAGCAAAGACUUCAAACUUGACUUUCACUGCCCAGAAAAAGCUCCAUUCAUGCACAAGCCUGACGCCAAUCUCCAUCUAUUCCUGCUAUUUAUCCAAAUUUCCCGAAGAGAACAUCAACUACAGAACUAACGACGCGAAGCUCCAAUGGAUCGGAAAUACAAGAGCAACUUAUGAAGCAGAAAUCGACGCUUCUUCGACCUCUAAAUUUGCUUUUCUUGAGCUCAGAAGCAUCGAUACAGUCGGAGAAAUCUUCUGGAACGGCGAGAAAAUAGGACAUGUCGCGAAUUCUUUCAGAAGAUAUCUUCUCGACGUUUCUUCUCGAAUCCUUCCAAAAAAUCAUUUGCAAAUCGACCUCUCUCCUCCAAUUUCUUCAGCGAAAAAACUUGCCGAAAAGGAUCAAAUUCCCCAAUUUCCCGAAUGCCCCGUCCCGGCCCAAACGAACGGUCAAUGUCAUAUCAACAUGCUUCGUAAAGCACAGUACUCAUUUUCAUGGGACUGGGGACCGUCUUUGCCCGAUUCUGGCAUUAACGAGGAGCCAAAGCUAAUUUCUUUCGAUUUCUCAAUGAUUUACGAUGCUAAAUUGAACCUGCUGACGAAAUAUUCCGAUGUUCAGCAAACUGUUCAACUUCAACUGCUCAUUCUCCAUCCAAACUCUAAAGAGGCGCCAAAUGGAGAGAUUCAAGUCAGUUUCGAGCCUUCUCUUCCUUUUGAUUUAGGAGAAAUUAUCUACGAAAAAUUCGAGGGUGAUAAAAACUUGUGGAAAGCAACGGCAGAUCUGUCCAUUUCAAUCAUGGACAUUAACUGGUGGUGGCCACAUGAGAUGGGAAAACAAGACCUGUAUUCUGUACAAUUUUCCUGGAUCCCUGAAAAAGGAGAAAAAUCAACGAUUGAGAAAGAAUUCGGCUUCAGAUCCGUCGAACUCGUUCAGGAACAACUUCCAGAUGGCCGUUCUUUCUACUUCAAAAUCAACGAAAAACCGAUUUUUAUGAGUGGCAGCAAUUGGAUUCCCAGCGCCUCUUCCAUCGCCAGUUUCGACAACUUGUACGAAGACAAUCUUCAAUCCGCCGUCGAAGCUGGAAUCAAAAUUCUACGCGUCUGGGGAGGUGGAAUCUACGAGCAAGACGCUUUCUAUUCAUUGGCUAAUCGUCUCGGGAUCAUGAUUUGGCAAGAUUUCAUGUUCACUUGUUCGACGUACGAAAACGACUCCGAAUUCUUGAAUUCUGUCGAGAAAGAAGUUUCUGAUCAGAUUUGGCGAUUGAGCUCGAAUCCGUCUGUUAUUGCCUGGGCUGGAAACAACGAAAACGAAGCUGCUUUGGCGACGAACUGGUGGAGUAUCCCAGAAGAAAAGAUGAACCUCUAUUUCGGGCAGUACCGAGAUUUGUACACCAAUACAAUCCAGAACACUGUCAUCAAAGAAGGUCUUUCAUCUCCCUUUUUUCUUUCAAGCCCAAGCAAUGGAAAGGAGUCGGAACUUUCGCCAUUUGGAAUCGCCAAGAAUCCAUACGACCCAAACUACGGCGACGUUCACUUCUACGAUUACAAAUCAGACUGUACUGAUUGGCGAAACUUCCCAAAGACUCGAUUUGCCUCGGAAUUCGGCUAUCAGGACUAG